AUGCCGGCGUCGUCUUCGGGCGGCGACGACAAUCGUCCGCACGCUCUUAACAAUUCAGUCGGUAAAAUAAAAAAAGCACCAAAUGCUUCCAGACCACACAACACGGAUCAGGAAUGGACCACCAAGACAAGUAAAAAAGCAUCUCAAUCUAAGAAGGUAUCAACUCCAACUAGCCCUAUAUCUCCCACUCUACAGCAGAUUAAAAAUAAUCCACCAGUAUUAAAUAUGCCCAACAAUACAUUCGAUUACGACAUUUCGUUAUCUCAUUCUACUAAUGACACGGCCUCUAAUAAUAUGAAUAUAGAUAUAGAUUUAUCGCAUUCUACAACCGAUCACGCUAAUGUUCCCGUUUCCGCAAAUACAACAUACACCGCUGAUAUUUCAAACACUAAUAUAAAUUACGAUUCCAACGAUAUACAGUCCUUACGUAAUUCCGAACAACUUAAUAAAUUUUUCUCCGCGGAUUAUAACGGUCCGUUCACUACCAUUGCGGAACAUUCAGAUAUCAACCUAAAAAUUGAUCACUGGCACCCAAUCAAAAUCACCUUCAAUACUAAAGUUUCAGCCAACAACUUUCUCACCUCCCCUCUACUCGCAAACAUUGGAUUUACAGCAUAUAUUCCAUCUACGCUUAUCUACUCUUUCGGAAUUAUCAGAGUCGAUAGUUCCCUAACCGAAGAAGAUUUCUGGGAAGGACUUGAUAACACAGUCCGCGCUAUUGCCUUCAAACGCAUUUCAAUCAAAAAGGAUAAUGUCCUAACGCCUACUCGUGUCGUGGAAAUAAAAUUUUUAUCCCCCAAAAUCCCAGAUGCCGUAUCAAUUUACAACGUCAUUUUCAAAAUUUCUCCUAGCGUCCGUUCUCCCAUACAGUGCAAUAACUGUUUGCGAUUUGGCCACACGGCUAAAUUCUGUCGCAGUAAAUCCAAAUGCAGCCACUGUGGCUUAAAUGACCAUUCAUUAACUACUUGCCCUUCAAUCAACGCAACAGAUCCAGUUUGCAUCUUCUGUAAACUCCCCCACCUCUCCACUGACCGGAAUUGCCAAGAGUGGUCAUUCCAAAGGGAUGUUAAGAAAAUUAUGGCUACGGAAAACUUACCCUUCCGCGAAGCAGUCUCUCUCAAGAAAAAUAAUUACUCCUCAAGUGCAUUUAGCUAUUCAAAUAUUGUUAAUAAACAGUCUGUGUUAAAUCCUUCUCAUCAAGUUCCGGAUACCUCCACUAACUCUUUCCCCCCGUUAACCUCUCAAUCACAUUACCACCAUACACCUCAUAGGAAGUAUAACAAUCAUUCUUCUCACUCUAAACAAAAACAAUUUCACGUUCCCAACCAAUCUAAUUUUUCCCUACCAAAUGGGCACUUCAUAGAUUAUGCUAGUAAAAAUCGGUCCCAGGAUCCCAAACCUCCUCAAUUUGAUCUAACCUGGGUCAAUGCCUUCUGCAUCAAACUCUCCGAAUCCUUAUCCAACUCCCCUAGCCUCUCUCCCUUAUCUCCCUCUUCCCUUCAAAACUUAAUUGAAUCAUCCCUUAUGUCUUGUCUCUCAAUUCCAAAAAUCUCCGUUAUUUCUUCUAAUGGUCAAUAUUCUACAAUGGAAUGUUCGUAGUCUUCCUGCAAGACUACCUUCUAUCCAACACCUCGUAUCUUCCUAUAAUUGUUCCAUAAUACUUAUUUCUGAGACUUGGUUACUUCCAUCCCGUAAUUGCUUUAUUCCUCAUUUUAAUUUAUUCAGACAAGAUCGAGUCGAUGGCUACGGGGGCGUCGCAAUUGCCGCCCAUACCUCACUUAAUGUAUCUUUAAUAGAAAUUAAACCCCCCUUAAAACAACUUCUCUUGGAAAAUAAUAUCGAUUUAAUUGGUCUAAAAAUAACAAAUAUUGACGGUUUACCUAAUACAUCAUUCUGGUCCUGCUACAGUCCAAAUGAUUCACCUAUCCCCUUUGAAGUAUGGUACUCUCUCUUCCAACUCACAGAUCACAACUCUUUCUUUACAGGUGACUUUAAUGCCCAUCACCCAGCCUGGGGUUCCACUACGUCCACCAGACGGGGUAACUUAAUCUACGAUGCGUUGAACUCUUCUAAUCUUAAUAUACUUAAUAACGGCUCACCUACGCAUGUAGGCAGACCCAACUCAACCAAUUCGUGUAUUGAUUUAUCCUUAUCCACUCCAAAUUUAUUCUGGCUUUCAACCUGGCGCAUUAUAGACGAUCCUAACGGAAGUGAUCAUUUACCUAUUAUCAUAUCUGUCAAUGUUACAAACCCUAACUCCUUACCAAAUAACAGAUCUACCUUACCCAAUUAUCUCUCCCCCAAUCUCAAAUUUAACCUCAAUAAAGCUGACUGGCCCCUUUUUUCUCAACUCAUCAAUUCCUCUAUCCCUCUUCUCAACACUUACACAUGUCCAUUAAAAGAUUAUGAACAGUUCACUCAUAUGAUCUUAGAUAUUUCUAAGAAAACAAUUCCUAUCAAACGUAAUAACCUUAACAAUUUCCCUCCCUCUCCCCCGUGGUGGAACUCCUCCUGUUCCAAAGCAGUUUCCAACCGCAAAUCCUUAUAUAAAACCUUCAUUCGCUCAGGCUCCGUUCAAGAUUAUCUUACUUAUCGCAAUGCCAGCGCUGCAACCACACGUCUCUUAAAAGAAUCUAAAAGACUAGCUUGGAAACAAUUUUGUACGAACCUCAACCCUUCUUCAUCCAUUCAAUCUACCUGGACCACCGCUAAACGCUUUCGCAAUAGUAUUGUUACUCGCUCUCGUCCUCACAAUGACAGUUGGUUCAAUGAUUUCUGUUGUAAAGUAGCACCAUGUUAUGUCCCUUCAUCUUCUGAAGCCUUACAUAAUUCAAUUUUGCCUGCCUCAAAUACACUUACUAAUCACAUAAUCUCCAUGCCUAUAACCUUAAGUGAGCUAAACGCCGCCAUCGCCUCACGUAAAUCAAUCGCCUCCGGCCCUGACAACAUUUCCCCUGUUAUGCUCAAACACCUUCCUACUAAUGCCGUCGAGUACCUCUUGAAUAUACUCAACAAAAUUCUCCUC